AUGCAGCAGUUCGGCCUGCGCUUCAACAGCCAUGCAGCAGGAGGCGAGCAGCCGCAUUUUGGACAAGCGGCAGGCGUUGGAUGGAUGACUGGUCCAAGCCCACAUAUAUGCUAUCCUUUCUUCGUUGUGUGCUGGGGCAGCAGGCUGAGGGUAGUGGACUCCAACAGACUCAACAAAAUGAUCCUCAAGGCCAGCGACGUUGUGGGGAUGGAGCUGGACUCUCUGAUGGAGCGGUGUCAGAAAGCAGGAUGCUGUCUAAGCUGCAUGUCCUCUUGGAGAAUGUCUCCCACCUCCUCCACGACGUGCUGGAAACAGGCUAUGGUUACUGUAUCCUGUCUGUUGAUACUUAGCUCCGCCUCCUCCCUCCUUCAAAACCUCAGACUCUGCAGAAAACCACACAGCAGCUCCAGCCCAGCUGUCAAUCAUCAGUCAGCAGCAGGGGCUGAUGGGAGUUCUGAGGACCUGUUAGAAACCGCCCGGCUCAGUCUGACCCCGCAGCUCGUCCUGGUUUGGCCUCACUUCUCGUCAGGUUCACCAGAGGAAAACAACAAAAUGUUUCUCCUCCCUGCUGUGGCUCUGUGCUGUGUGAGCUCAGCGCUGGCUGCCAUGACAACAGAGCUCAAACAGGACAGUUUGUCACUGACCAGGAGAGUUGGAGAAAGUGUCUCCUUCAGCUGUGAACGUUUAGACCUGUGUGAUUAUGAUGAUUAUGUGUACUGGUACCAGAAAAAAGACAACGAAACAUUCACAAGGAUUCUGUGGAUUAAUAAGCGUGAUGUUGACAUGGACAAAGAUGAUUACAAUCAUCCUCAGAAAGAUGAUUUCUCAGCUGUGAUCAAACAGAACAGUGUUGAGCUGCAGAUCCAGAAGGUUAAUUCCUCUCAUUCAGCCACAUACUACUGCUCCUGUUGGUUUACCCCCACAGUGAGAAAUGAUCCGAGCAGGCUGAACAAAAACCAACAGAUGAGCAGAAGUCAGAUAAUGUUUGUGACAGGAAGACAGCAGUAAACCACAGCUCACUGAGUCAUUCACCUCCAUCACACACAGGAUGAACUGAGGGAUUAUUUUACUGGUGUCUGGAUUUAUUCUUGAUUUUAUUUCUUUGUUUUUCUCCAUCAGAUAUUUCAGUAAGGUCAUGGUUAGUCCACACUGUGAGGACAAAGAGAGAAGAGCAGAAACACAUUGACAAAAUAAAUAAAUACAAUAAAA